GGGAACGUGGCUGGUGUUUAAAGGGGAAACCUCACAUUGAAAAUAACACACUACAGUGGAGAAAAUGAUAAGUACAAAAAUAGCACAAACACAUCUGUAACAAACGAAUAACACCGGUGUUAAAGUGAUGAGCUAGGUAUGCUUCAUGCUUAAACUCUGCACCCACCAAACAAGCAGAGCACUUUUCAGCACACUGCUGCUCAAACUCUUCCAGAAUCAGGCUUCUGCCAGCGAAUCCGUUCAGUCCUUCAACUUCCACCGGAGUGCCACGUGUGCGGCCUAUAGCUCCCGGUCCCAGGCCUUCCUCGGCAAGCCUUGGCACGCCUGUGCCCGGACCCCAGCGUCUCGAGCUUUCCACCUGUCCUGGUCCCCGUGUGGCGGCGGCGGCGAGCGCGAGGCCAUGCCCGAGCAACGGUACUGCGUGGAGUACGCCAAGCGCGGCACAGCCGGCUGCAAGAAGUGCAAGGAGAAGAUCGUCAAGGGGCUGGUGCGCAUCGGCAAGAUCGUGCCCAACCCCUUCAGCGAGUCCGCGGGCGACAUGAAGGAGUGGUACCACGUCAAGUGCAUGUUCGAGAAGCUGGAGCGCGCCCGGAUCACCACCCGGAGGAUCGAGGACAUAACGGACCUGGAGGGCUGGGAGGAGGUGCAGGAUGAGGAUAAGGAGCUCAUCAACAAGCACAUUGCAGAUCUGGCUGCGAAGACUAACCACAGCCCUAAGAAGAAGGUUCAGACUGGCCUGGCUGACCUGUCCCCUGUGACGCCACGCAAGUUCUCUGGAUUCACUGCCGCCAAGCCUGGCACCUCCAGCUCUCCUGGGGGCUCCAGCAGCCUGUCGGCCCAGCUGUCUGACCCCAGCCACAAGGACUGCCUGUUGCGGGAGUUCCGCAAGCUGUGCGCCAUGGUGGCGGAGAAGGCCAGUUACAACGUCAAGACGCAGAUAAUCCAGGACUUCCUGAAGAAGGGCUCCAGUGGGGACGGUUUCCGCGGGGACCUGUACCUGACCGUGAAGCUGCUGCUCCCGGGGGUGAUCAAGAGCGUGUACAACCUGAACGACAAGCAGAUCGUCAAGCUGUUCAGCCGCAUCUUCAACAGCAGCCAGGACGACAUGGUGCGGGACCUCGAGCAGGGUGAUGUCUCGGAGACAGUGCGGAUAUUUUUUGAGGCAAGCAAAUCUUUCCCCCCAGCGGCCAAGAGUUUGCUGACAAUCCAGGAGGUGGAUGGCUUCCUGACCCGCAUGUCAUGGCUGACCAGAGAGGACGAGCAGCAGAAAGCGCUGGAGGAGAUAUCAAAAAAGUCUACAGCUAACGACCUGAAGUGUAUCAUUAGGCUCAUCAAACACGACUUGAAAAUGAAUGCCGGUGCCAAACAUGUCCUGGAUGCUGUGGAUCCCAAUGCCUACGAUGCCUUCAAGGCCUCGCGGAACCUCGCCGAUGUCAUCGAGAGGGUGCUCCGCAACCAGCAGGACUCGGCCAAUGGCUCCGGCCCCAGGAAGACCCUGAGCGUAGAAGCCUCCCUCAUGACCCCCGUGCAGCCCAUGCUGGCAGAGGCAUGCAAGUCCGUGGAGUACGCCAUGAAGAAGUGCCCCAAUGGGAUGUACUCCGAGAUCAAGUACGACGGGGAGAGGGUGCAGGUCCACAAGAACGGAGACCACUUCAGCUACUUCAGUCGCAGCCUCAAGCCUGUGCUGCCACACAAGGUGGCCCAUUUCAAAGAGUAUAUUCCCCAGGCUUUUCCUGGAGGCCACAGCAUGAUUCUGGAUGCGGAGGUAUUGCUGAUUGAUACCAAAACCAGCAAACCCUUGCCCUUCGGGACCCUGGGGGUACACAAGAAAGCGGCCUUCCAAGAUGCCAAGGUCUGCUUGUUUGUGUUUGACUGUAUUUACUUCAAUGGAGUGAGUCUCAUGGAGAGGCCACUGUGUGAGCGAAAGAAAUUCCUCCAAGAUAAUAUGGUUGAGGUCCCCAACAGGAUCCUCCUCUCCGAAAUGAAGCACGUCACUAAAGCAGCUGACCUGGCAGAUAUGAUCACCCGCGUGAUCAGAGAGGGGUUGGAGGGCCUGGUGCUGAAAGAUUUGAAGAGCCACUAUGAGCCAGGAAAGCGCCACUGGCUGAAGGUGAAGAAGGAUUAUCUGAACGAAGGGGCCAUGGCCGACACUGCAGACCUGGUGGUUUUGGGGGCGUACUACGGGAAAGGGUCAAAUGGUGGGAUGAUGUCUAGUUUCCUCAUGGGCUGCUAUGACCCGGAGUCGAAGCAGUGGUGCACCGUGACUAAGUGUUCUGGCGGGUACGACGAUGCCACACUGGCGAGGCUGCAGAAUGAGCUGGAUGUGGUCAAAAUCAGCAAGGAUCCAAGCAAAAUCCCCAGCUGGCUGAAAAUCAACAAGAUCUACCACCCUGAUUUUAUUGCCCGAGAUCCAGAAAAAGCGCCGGUGUGGGAGAUCACCGGCGCGGAGUUCUCCAAGGCCGAGGCCCACACCGCGGAUGGCAUCUCCAUCCGUUUCCCCCGCUGCACCCGUAUCCGUGACGACAAGGACUGGCAGACGGCCACCAACCUGCCCCAGCUGAGGGAGCUGUUUCGGAUAUCGAAGGAGCGGUGCGAUUUUGAGUUGACUGCCGGGCUCUCCAAGUUCAGCAGCGAUAAGGGCUCCUCGGGGGGAGACAGCGGGAGUAACUCCCCGUCCUCGACUCCGCGCAGGCCGUCCACCCCCAGCAAGCCCAGCACAGCCAGCAGUAGCAGUGCCUCCAAAGCCUCCUGCCUGCCCAAGACUGAGACGCCUUCUCCAGGAAAGGCUGUGAAGAGGAGACUGCCAGCAGAUGAGCAUGGUGGGAAAAAACAGAAAAAGGCCGAAGCUGUGCACAGUAACGGGGAGAGCAAACUGAAAACGGUUUCUUCUCAACCAGCAGAGCCCAAGCAAGACAAGACGCUGCUGGACAUAUUCACUGGUGUGAAGCUGUACCUUCCUGAGACCGUCCAGGAUUACGGCAAGCUCCGGCGCUACUUCAUCGCUUACGACGGAGACCUCGUCCCGAAGUAUGAUGUCGCCACAGCAACGCACGCCAUCGGAGAUCUGGAAGAAGAGAGCCAGGCCAAGCGCGUGUCCGCGGAGUGGAUCUGGAAGUGCAUACGAAAACGGAGGGUUGUCCCUCCGUGCUGAAGUUCCAGGAGCUCAGAGCAGUGGCACACUCACAGCACAGCUGCAGACUUACAGGGGACCGGGGGUACCAUGUGUGAACACUAUUCCGCAGAGACGUUUGCAUGAUGAAGGCACAGUAAAUCCAUUCGUAUAGGCAUGAGAAAUUGUAAAAAUAGCAUAGUUUAGGUUUGGACAGUUACAUUUGCCAGACAAAUAGAUGAAAUGUCUUGCAUUCACAA